AUGGAUAUUGUCGACCUCCUCCACGACGACCAAUCAGCCGCCGCCCGCCCCUUCCCCUGUAGCUACGAAGACUGCUCCAAGGCGUUCGCGCGAAGGAGCGACCUUAUCCGCCACGAGCGCAUCCACACCAACGAACGGCCGUGGCUCUGUGAUUGGCCAGGAUGCAAGCGCGACUUCAUCCAACGCAGCGCACUUAUCGUCCACCAGCGAACCCACACCGGCGAGCGACCUCACAAGUGCGACUUUGAGGACUGCGGCAAGGCGUUCAGCGACUCGAGCAGUCUCGCCCGCCACCGCAGGAUCCACACGGGCAUGCGGCCAUACCAGUGCAUGGUCGAGACGUGCUUGAAGACCUUCUGCCGCAAGACGACGCUCACCAAGCACAUCAAGAAGAACCACCCGCAAUAUGCUCACUGCCCCGAGGACGUCUCGUCGGCGACGUUCGAGAACGACCUUCCUUACGAGUACUCGGGUUCGGCCAGGUCCUCGACGCCGCAAAGCCCGAAUGAGGCUGGCGCGUACCCGACGCCCAUGGUCGAGCAGGAGGAAGGCUUCGAGCUGCCGACGCCUCCGCUCGGCUACGCUCACUACACCGCUGCGCACCCGAGCACGCCCGGUCGUCGCACGAGGUCGACGCUCUACCCUCCCGAGCAGCAGUACCGGCACGACCCCUCGCCCGGCGCGUGGUCGGCUCCCGACUACUUCGAGCACAAGCCUGCGCAGCGUCCUUUCGCGCCGUCGAUGCAGCGCUCGACCUCGUCCGACGCGCAGGCGUACUUGACGCCGCCUUCGACGCACCCUCGUCGCUUCAGUCGCCGGACGACGCAGCGUCGCUACGCGAACGAGGAGGACGACGAGCCCGAAUACGCGAACGACGAGGACGACGAGGACUAUGUCGAUUCGACGACGCGGUCGCGUGCGAGCAACAAGGGUCGCCGCAACGCUUAUGCUACCGUCGUUCCUGCUCAGCGUCCGCACCAGCACCACCAGCAGCCGCGCAUCGCUCGCCGCCUCGUCUACGCAACGCGGUCGCCGCACAUGCCGUACCAGCCUCAGUUCCCGCCCCACGCCGACUACCAGCCUAUCCAGCACGAGGUUCACCAGCCCAUGCAGUUCGACGAGUACCCUCCUCAGCCCGUUGCCGGCCCGUCGUCGUACGCGAUGUACCACCCCUCUUACACGGCGCCAAUCCCUCAGACAUACGUCUUCGAGCCCGUCAUGCACGAGGGCAUGCCUCCUCCCGCGACGACGCACCUCCCUGCGGCCCCUCGUCUCCGCCGCGCUUCGUCCGUCAACGCGCUCGACACGCUCAUCGCGUCCGGCCAGCCCGCUUUCACCUCGCCCUCGCCGCAGCUUCCGCACGCCCAGCCUCACCCUCAGCAGCAGCAGCAGCAGCAGCAGUCGGUCGCCGCGCACGCCAGCCCCGUCCUCGGACUCGGCCUCAACCUCGGGCCCGGGUUAGCGAUUUCGACGGCUCACGAGCGCCGCCUCUCGGAGGUCCACCGCUCCGCCUCGCCCGUCCGCCCGUCGUUCACCUUCGAGGACUUUGAUCUCGCCAACGCGCUGCCGCAGCCUUCGCCGACGGCCGCAGGCUUCACGUUCCCUCGGCGCGGAUCAAUCGGCAUUCCUAGCUUGCCCAACGGACUGGCAGCGGGCGCAAUGGGACACCGCCCGAGCUUCAGCUCGCUGACGACCAAGCUGCUCGAGAACAUGGACGACGAGCAGCAGUACCGCGGGUCGUCCGAGGUCUACUGA